CUAACUCGUUCACACUAGGGUGCAGAUUCCCCACGUAAAGACGGUCAUCUCUAAGUGUCAACGUGGAAGAAGUCGCUGAAGCCUCGGGCUCAGGUGCUGGACUAGGAUGGGGGACGGUCAGAAAGUUGUUCGUCGUCAUCAUUCUAAUCGAAUAUUCCAAACGCGUUGAGGCGACAGCACAGCCUCAUCGAGAAUUAUAUUCGUUUUCGUUUUCUUAGUUUGGCCACGACUGAACGAUGAGCCACAAGAGAAGUCCAGAUUCGGCUGCAUCCCUUGCCGCGCACUUUCGUGAGAUCGCGGUGCACAGUAGCCGUCCAAUAUAUGCCAGGAAAUCACUUGAUGGAUCUAUAUCUUGUCUUCUCUGGCGAUGAGGACUUGUUCCCACAGUUUAGGACAUGCCACUGAAAUAAAUGCCAUGCGGUGGCUGGCUCAUAAUUCAGUCGUUCUACGAUCACAGAAAACGAAUAAUCAACCGUCUUGGUAUGCCUGUACAUCAAGAAUGGAUUGUGGGCCCCCGGCCACAGCUUUUUACACUCAGCUCUGGACUUCUGCGAGUGGCGAAUCGAGAGCUCAUUUGAUUUAUGUUCACGGGUUUGGAGAACACGUGGGCCGCUAUGAGGACAUCUUCCCUUUGUGGGUCAAUAAUGGGGUCUCAGUUUUUGCUUAUGAUCAGAGAGGUUUUGGGAGGACCGCACUCGAUGAAGAACAUAAGAGUGCCACGUCGUCUUGGUGUCGAUCAUGCUGGAAGGACCAAGUUGAAGACCUUGAAUUCUUUAUCGGUUAUGAGUCUACCAGAGUCGGCCAUAAUCUACCCAUCUUCCUGAUGGGUUUCUCAAUGGGUGGCACGGAGGUUUUGGGCAUCGUGGCAACACCACCUCUCCGUCAUCAUGUGGUGAAUCGUAUUAGCGGAGUGAUAGCUGAGGGACCGAUGCUUUUAGUUGCAAACCCUGACGCAUGGGAAGAAGAACCCCGAGAGCCCGGGGAUCCCAGUGACGAUACACCGGAGGAUCCAUAUGAAGUUGUUCCCAUUCCUCUGAGGGAUGCUGGAAAGUGGCAAUCACGAAACCCUACCAUAAUCGAGGCAUUCAAAACUGACCCUCUCCUUCACAACUAUACCACCCGGCAACUGCGAAAUGACACCCUUUCUUCCGGCUCAGCCCUCGCCAAAGAAAAUUUCAAAAACUGGCCAAAAAACCUCCCACUCCUAAUUGUACAUGGCGAUGGUGACCUUAUUAACUCAUGCAAAGCCUCUCAGGAUUUUGUGCGCGAUACUGAAGCUGCGGAUGCAACCUGUUCUCCAUACCCAGGUGCGUAUCACGAACUCCACCACGAGCCGGACGGUCAAGGACUCCAAGCUGUCAAUGAAUGCAUCAAAUGGAUGAUCGAUCAUAUCCCCGGGAGAUCUUAGGACAGUACCACAAGACAGUUUGCCAGUUUUAGCUAUAUAUGAAUCAAGAAUGUGACACCGUUUCUAUCGCUUGAAAUACAUCCUCAAUCAAAUCUCCCUAGCCUUGCUCGCAUU